GUUACUUGGAAAGGGAAAUUCGUGAGCCCCACCAGUGCAGUCGUUGGUUUGAGCGAGCGCUCGUAGUAGUAAACCUGAAACGCUCAGGUGUGCGGUUGUUUACGUUAUUCUAAUACACAGUGUUGCAAUAAAAUAGUGUGGUGUCCUCGGGGAACUGAUCGUUGCAAAACGUCGUUACGAAAGUAUUGUGUGCGAGUGUGUGGAAAAAUGUCGAUGUGAAAUGUUCGAUAGUUGUCAGACGAUAAAUGCCGUACCUAAGUGUACGGAAGUGGCCGAAAAACUCGUGCAAUUGUUCGGCUGGAGGCAGACCUAUAACGUCGAAAAACUACAGAGGAAUGUGCCAGGAAGAGCGACGACGAGGAUUUCCAUCACGAGGUCUUCGCCGAGUCGCGAAAAGAGCAAAGAGGGGUCAGACUCCUGGGUGUCCGUCCACAAUUUGCAAUCUCAAGGCGGCGGCAUCUUAGAUCCGGAUGAUCGGUUGAGCGAUGUCGUCGACGACAGAGAACAGAUCUUGGCGAAUUACGAAGACGGCGAUGGAACACACCAACACGGGGGCGGCGACGGGGCCAGUGGCAGCUCGGUCGGAACGGGCAGCCCCGACAUAUUCCAUGAUGGCGAGCACAAAUACGGCCCGAACUACCCCCGAACCGACAUCGAAGUGACCGGCGAGCAAAUCGCCUCGGGAGUCCCCGGAGCCCUCCAGGUCCGGAGGGGGAGCGAACCCGCCCUCAACCAACUCCCAGUGGGGCCACCCGCACCUCCCGAACACCCCAAAAGGUGGAGCGCUGCGCCCCUAAUCCUCGAACCACCCCAGCUCGGUUACAACAACACCGACUGGAACGAAGACCCCAAGGAGGAGGAAGGAACAAACGCGGGUUUCCGACGAAGGGAUGGAAGUAAUCGACUUUCGAUGCAAUUCCUCGGGGAUGGGGCUGGGUAUCGAUGGGCCGAAGCCGCCGAACGGGCGGCCCAGUCAAGGGCCAGCACUUCGCUACCGAGGGAGAGCAAAAGGAAGGAGCCCUUAGGGCAGGCGAAUAACUCAACUAGUCCUCCACCCCCGAGUGAUAAUGCCGAACUUAUAGUGAUUCGGAAUGAACCUGGACCGCUUGGAAUCCACGUUGUUCCAGAUUAUGAUAGGUUGGGGAAGGAUCGAGGUCUCCUGGUGCAAGGGAUUGAACCCGGGAAGAGGAUAGAUCGUGACGGGAGAUUAGCCAUUUACGAUAGAAUAAUUGAAAUCAACGGUGAAAAUUUAUUAAAUAUGCCAUUUCAAAGGGUGCAAGACAUAUUCAAACUUUACUUAAAUUCGCCCGAAUUAAGACUGAAAGUUAUCAAAAACUCCGGCUUGGACAGUCUCCGGAAGCCACCAGCCCCCAUUUACCCCCGCUUUCCGGACGACAAGGAAAACGUCUCCAUGGUCGAAUGCGAGCAGAAACCAUUUGCAGAAAGUACAAAUACUAAAGUGGCGACGGUUUCGCCGACGAAAAAAGUGCCCGCGAUUUCCAAAAAUCUCAAAACUUUUCUUAGCGCAAACACGCGCAAGAUCGGCCGGAAGUACGAAAUUGAUCUAGUUAAGGGCCCACAUGGGUUAGGAUUUAGCAUAACAACUAGGGAUAAUCCCGCUGGUGGGAAUUGCCCGAUUUAUAUUAAAAACAUCAUCCCGAAAGGGGCUGCGGUCGAGGAUGGUCGAUUAAAAAUCGGGGAUCGGCUUCUGGAGGUCAAUGGGGUGGAGAUGACUGGGAAAAGCCAAGCUGAGGCUGUGGCGGUGUUGAGGAAUGCGCCGCUGGGGAGCACGGUGAGGAUUGUGGUGUCCAGGCAAGAGGAUGUUGUCGAUACUUCGCUUCCAAGGAUAAUAGACUCUGAGCAAGAAAAAGAAGUGGAAGACUCGUCCGAGGUUGUUAAUGGUAACGAUGUACCACCUAACAUACCUCCACUGCCCCAGAGUCACCUCCAAGCUCUCCAAAACCGCUCGGAAAAGAACGGUUCAGUAGCUAAAAUAGUGUCACAAUUUCAAGAGGCUGCAAACAAUCCCCCGGAAAAAUCCGACGACUUAAUCUUCCCCUGGAAACACCGCGAGAUCCUAACCCUUAACAUCCCCGUCCACGAUUCGGAGAAAGCCGGUCUCGGGAUUAGCGUCAAAGGCAAGACCAGCGGCACCCAAGACCUGGGAAUAUUCAUCAAGAGUGUCAUACACGGAGGUGCGGCCUCUCGAGACAAGCGACUCCGGACCAACGACCAGUUGCUUAACGUCAAUGGAAUUUCGUUGCUCCAGCAGUCGAACAGUGACGCCAUGGAGACGCUCCGGAAGGCGAUGCUGCACACUGAGGGACCGGUUCCGGGCAACAUCACGCUGACGAUAGCCCGAAGAGCGGCAAGUCCGGGCGCUAACCGGAGUUUCAGCAGCCGGGGCUCAGACCCCAACUUGUUGAACACGUCGUCCUCCGGGGAAUUGUUCCAUUCGAAUUCAAACGAUACGGACCCAUCUCAUAGCAACAACUCUGGUGCUAGCGGCAGCUCGACCAAUACGGUCAUUUUCAACCCGAAUCAAAACGGCGUGGAGGCGAAACAAAUGCAAAACGUCGCGCAAAUGCACACCUGGAACCCGGUCCUGGACAGGCUGACCGGAAAUAACAAACAGCUGCGCAACGAAAGCUACUACAAGGCAACACACGACACUUGGAGCAACAGCAUGUUGGCCUCCGCUAACAACUCCUACGGCAACAUGACCAGCACCACCCUAAGUGUGGCCCCAGCUGAGCCAAUCCUGAUCGAGGACGAGUACGGAUCGAGGGUCCUAACGCAUCAAAACUCUCGAAUCAACGUCCACAUGACCAACAAGAUGAACUUAUCCAACGGCAGUAUUCCCGAAAACCGCAACGAGCACGAACCCGACGGGAAAGCGACGGUUUCGGAUAACAAAAGCACCGAUUCCAACUCCCAAACCACCAUUCAAGGCACAGACGCGACCUAUGCCAGCCAAUUAUCCCUCGAGAAUCCCCAAGGAUUCUCCCGGGAUGCGUUCGGGAGACAGAGCAUGUCGGAGAAGCGGCACGCAACUCUGGACGCGAAAAACACCGAUACUUACCAACGGACGAAGAAACUACGCGAAGAGAGAAAAAGUAAGGAUGGUAACACUAACUUAGUCAGAGUUGGGUCAGUGGAGUCUGUUAUAAGUGUUAAUCGGUCAUCUGAACAUCCUGAAUAUGCGGACAAGUUGGGCCAAUUGGGACCUUCGUUAGGGAUGAAGAAGUCGUCUAGUCUUGAGUCGCUACAAACGAUGGUGCAAGAAAUUCAGAUGCAGGAAGAGGGCGACCCGGCUUACAGCUACAGGGGCCCUUCGGGCGCCCUUAAAGUGAUACGAGGACGGGGCUGUGAGGAGAGCUUUAGGGCCGCUGUGGACAAACACAUCGUCGACCCGAACCACCAAUCGGAAAUAAGCGCAAAGAAACACUGGUUGCUCGACGGCCCAAUGGAAGAGCGCGAAGUUGACGGUUUUAACAACGUGAGAGGGGCCCCACGUCAAUCCUCCCUUAAUGCGGCCCUUGACAGUAAACACAAGGCGGGAAAAAAGAAACCGAGUUUGUUGAAAGGCAUCGGUUCAAUGUUCCGGUUUGGAAAACACCGGAAAAUGGAAUUUGCCAACAUUGAUAUACAACACUACCAUCCGACCAAUGAGUUUGACCCCAAUGUUAAUAACAAUCAACAACAAGCGGAACAGAAUUACCAACAGCAACAACAACAACAUGAGAAUUCUACCCAGGAACAACAACAACAACAACAUCAACAGCAGCAGCAACAACGUGUGCAACAAAUGAUGCAACAGCAGAGAGAGCCGUUGUAUCAGAGGCACGGUUUUGUGCACCGACAUGCUGAACAGGUCCAAGUGAUUCCGGAGAAUUCGGUGGCGCCACCUAUCAAGUACCGGAAUCACGUCACCGUUGAUCAGCAAGGGCAGAGGCGGAAAAUUCACGACCAUAGAGUAAGACACACUUACUACCAGUCGGAUGAGAGAGAGCCGAUCUAUGGACAACAAGGGAAUUUCGGGGAGUACGGUGGCAGGCCUGGCAGCCGGUCGGGAAUCACCGAUUCGGUCCCUUUCACCCACUACGUCAACUACAACGAGCUGCAAAACCACCUAAGCCGUAAAGAUCCACUAUCUGACAGUCAGAUAGUUCAGAUGCGUCUGCAAGUUCAACAGCAAAGGUUAAAGGUGGAGGAAGAAAGUCGAAAGCAGCACCAGUACCACUCCCAGCGCCAGACCCGCACCGACAACCAGCUUCGUCCCGUGUCGAACUUCUACGAGUACGAGAGUAUCCAGUCGAUGCUUAACAACCGUCGGGGGAACCCCCCGGUGCCCCAUAGUAACCCGCCUGUGAUGUACCAAGACGUGAACUCCAAUUCCCUCCCUCGGCAAGGCCAACCACCCGUUCAAGGCCGGCACCCGAACCGUAACCACAGAGGGCCUUUUGUGACCCACGUGACUAUCGGCGAUAGCCAACAGAACGGGACUAAAGUGUAAAGGUGUUGAAACUGUUUUUUGUGAUUUGUAUCAUCAGUAUUAUGAAACUGUUUCAGCGCCGCGUCCAUUUUAUCUGUAUAUACGAGCUUUAUUUUAUAUUGUAAAUAAUUUAUGAUAUGUAUAAUAAGAAAGUGAAUUUUAUACAAACAAGAAAUACAGUUACAAAAUUGUC